AUGGCGCACACGUCAGACCGAAGUUGGGUCUACCAGCAGCCCCAUCUCGGCUCAGGCGCAAGUUCGAGUCCUUACCCCGACCAGAACGGAGCCAACGGAUAUGGCACUUCCGAUGGAUCCGCCUCAAAUGCACCGACUCGUCAGCAAGACCAAGCGUACCAACAAAUGUCUUCGCCAGGUCCGUCAGGUCCAGAAGCAGGCGCUCAGCUAAGCCGCGCACCUACCUGGGCUAAGUCGAUCAACUUUGGUGGCGACUUUGACCUUGACAGCGCUACUAGCCCCUCUCCAUCUGCUGGCACAAACAAUGAUAUUGCCUUCCAGGUCCAGCAGAGGAACGCUAUGAAUCACGUGCGUCAAGAGAGCUACGGGAAUCGCGGAGGUUUUGAGACUGGAGCAGCCAAGCGAGGUGAGUGUGGGUGCUUGGAUGCGCACCACUGCUUGAGAGGGGUGUGGUGCCCGCUCCUGGGAAGGCUGGGUCCAGAGCAAUUGGUUCUCAUCUCAGAAAAGAAGACCAGUCGUUGGACUCUCUUCCUCUUUCUCACUGUACAUGAUCGUACACGUCUGAUGCAGUGCUGCUCGAUUCUCCAGAUUCAUACAAUGCGCUUGGUCAGGCAUACAGCCCGGGACGUGUGGCAGCCCAUGCUCGAGUUACCAGUGGAGACUCUUCGCACACUCCGACCGCUGGCUCACCCGGUGGGAGCAUCUCGCCAAGAUUCUCGUUGCAAGGCACGCCUAGACAAACCUCGGCCGCUUACAACAGGGCAUCGCCUCAGACUCCUCUGGCCAGCUCCAUGCAAAGACCAAGCUCAAAAGUAAUGUCGGGCCCUCUGACGAGGGCUCAAAUAUCUCCUCAGCAUCAGCAACUGCAUGCACGACUUUCACAGCAGCAAUUUCCUCAACAUCUGUGGCACAACCCUCCAGAAUGGGCGAGAGGUCCAAUGUAUCCCUCGUCGUCUGCGGAUUUGUAUGCGACACCAGGCGCUAUCGAGGAAGUUGAGCAGCUCAGCUCGUCGGAGCCGCCGUUCCGUGGCUCGGCUAAGAAUGACAACAGUAGACCAAGCACAGCAGGAAGUGGGGACGACGACUUUGGACGCAAAUCCGCUGGGUUUGGUCAAAAUGGAUAUGGAGCGGGUAACAGUGCAAAGAGGGCUAGUGUGCUUUCAUUUCAGACGGCCCUUUCUGGAAGUUUCGCUGGCUCUGGAAUGCACACGCCCAAUUCCUUGUCAGAAGUUGGCAAUCCUAUGGACAUCGCUGCUUUGGAUACCAUGGCACCACCACAGCCGUGGGUCUCACCCCCCUUUGGCACCUCUCGCUCAAGAUCCGCAAGCCCGGAAGACCGAUUGCCGGGAGCUCUGCCCGGCGGUUGGAACGCUGGAGGCAACGGAUGGGACAUUGCUCCAGCUCUACCUCCUAAACCUCCCUCAGUAUUUUCUUCGCCACGUGAACGACCGAUGAGCAUCUCAUCGAGCAACAAGGAGCUUCCGCUUGAGCCCCGACAAGAUUCAUCCGCUGCUUUGACGCUCCAAUCCGAGCCUCAGGCGUACGAUCUGAAGCUCGACGCAUAUAAUCCAGACGCGGAUGAUACCGUCAUACAGGUGCCGGGCGGUGCGCAGGGCAUCACGCGAGAGGUGACGGUAACGCCCGCGCACUCGAGGUCCGCGAGCAGGCAGCUACAGAAAGACGGCAGCGAUGCCAAAGCGCCUCCGCAGCCUUCGCGAAACGCAUCUUUCUCGGCACAAGAAGCUGCCACACGGCCUUCGAUGGAUGUAGCGCAAGAGAUGGGCACCGUCGCGCCUGACUCGAAUGCCAGAGCGCAGCAGGAAAGAGAUGCGCCCACUCCGGUAGCGGCUGCCAGAGAGUCGGAACUACCCCUCUCGCCCGCUCAGACACCUCGCGGAAGCGCUUCGUCCAGACCAGAGUUGCCACCCGCCUUGCCUAGCAAGGAACGCACUGCGCCUCUGCUAGCCAAACACUCGUUGCCAUCCACGCCUGUGACAGCAGCUGCCCCUCAUACGUCGCCCCAGGCGAGAGGCCUGGCAGACGAUGUGAUUCCGCCGCCACUUCCUAGAGACGUUGCGGCACCAACGCAGGCAUCCGCUAUGCCUCCGGUGUCCGAAUCAGCUCCUGAGCCAGUCACUGACUUUCGAGCUCGGCCGCUGGCCAACAUCACCACCAACCUUGCAGGCGUUGGGGCAAGGCCACCUAGCGCGGGCUCAGCGGGACUGUUAUCCGGGGCUAGUCAGUCGCCCGUGGCUUCUCGACAGUCUUUGCCUACCGACGAGCAAUUUGUGAUGGCCUCUCAGGGCGCACCGCCUCGAAGUCAAGGUCGUCAGUCUCCAGCUGAUCUGAUUGCACAGCCCCUGGCCCGCAAGCAGUCUGCCGGCAAUGCUCUGCCUCGCGCCGCCUUUGCAGACGCUGGAUUGCCAGCGAGCUCCGCCGACCCGGUCGAUCGCUCGACCUCACCUUCCAUUGAGACUCCGCCUCGAGAGGACAGUCCGCCUCCAGAGGGUGAAGUGGAGGCUCGGGCCGAAUGGGAGCGUGCCAGAGCAAAGCGACUGACUGCUGGUGCUUCCAAAGAGAAGACGCCACGCAAGCCGACUUUUCGAGGCUCGCUCAAACCAUUGCAGUACAUGGAUGCCCCCGCGACACCUAUCGCGACGUACUCGCCGGUUGCAUCAGGAGGCCCUACUCCCAUGGACUCUCCUCUGGCCGAACUCAAUGACCCGCUGGGAGCUGCGAAUGCGCAGGUAGACGGACUGCCAAAUACCGCGGGCGCAAAGACGACCACUCGCUCUCGCUCUGGCUCCUCUGGCGGCGUUCUGAGCACCCAGCAGCUGCAACGACAACAGGCCCGCGACCAGCGUCGUAGCGUUGGCACCAUCAACCUAGCAAUGGGCACCACGGGAGACGCAGUGGGCGGAGCGAGCGGUCCCUAUCCGACCUUCCCGUCGCCUUCCGCAGCGGCCUCAAAUGGAGGACGUCUGUAUUCGGGCGUGACUCCGCAGCGAUCUCUCGUGCCACCCUUUGAGCUCCAACAAAGGCCAGACGGCUUGCUCUCAGGUCUCAUUGGGCCUGAUGGAGUGCGUCGGAGCCCGAACGACCCAGAAGUGUGUCUAGAGUGCAUGAUGAGGGACGAAGACAUGAUCGACGUGCAUGUGCUCGGGCCCGGCCUGUGGGAGCGUGAAAGCGAUCGCGACUUUGAGGACGCAUGUCGUGCAGAGGCGGAAGAAGACGACAAGAGAGAAGCUAGAAGAAAUGCUGCGAGCCAAGGCACUCAUGGCGGCACCGUCGAAAGCGUGGGCAAUGGGCAGGGGUCCUUGCUACCUUCUGCGCAUGGCAGUGAUCACAGCGCUCCAGCUACUGGCUCGCUGCCGCCAUCAAAAGACUUGAGUCACACGUCACAGCGACCUGCGGGCGUGCGGGUUCGGGUGAAGCGCGUGGCUAAAGGUGAUCCUCUUACAGCCGAAAGGCUGAAGCUGCACACGCAAAUGGUGAGUGACUCCACGAUGGACGCCAGACCCACGCCGCAUUCUAAUGCAUCAGUCACAACUUCCCAACAGAACCCCCCUGCAUCCUCACAUCGAUGGCGGACUUUGCAGACAUUCUUGGCUAUUCAAGCGAAGUACAUUGCCGCAGAACAGCGCGCCCGACAACAAGCUGGUCUCGAUCGCGAGUUGCCGAGCCGGCCUAACGCUGCGCCAGCAGCGCCUGGUCCCAUCACUGCCAAUGACUAUGAUAACAGGAUGAUUCGCACCAACUCUGGCACGAAUACUGGGGAUGCUCUUGUUUCGAGACUGUCUUCCAAGAAUAGUCGCAGUGCGCAACGUCCACCUGGCAGCCACCUCAAGGACAGCAGCUUUGUCCUCGAAGACGAAGUGCUCGCACCUGCAGACCGCGAGGCCAAGGAGCGCGAUAUUGCCAAUGCGCGAGACGCUCGCCGCAAGCUAGCGGCCAGCGCGCCAGACGCAGCGCGUUCUUCGUCUCCUGCCCCUGGGGCUCGCGCUACCCAUGCUCAACGAGGCAUAUCUCAUGCUCAGCAGCGGUCCCUGGACGAAGAGCGUAAGCGCGCCUCAGGUCAGCUCUUGGACGAUCUCAGUGCUGGUCAUCAAAGCAUUCCGCGUCGCUCCGCUGCGGCAUCGUCGCCGACCCGCGUAGGCAGCAUCAACGAUUUGCGGUCCCUCAGCGGAGCGAUGCAAGCAACUGCUCCAUCUUCACCAGUCAGUCUUGCUCCGCCAAAUCGACCCUUUGUUCAUGGAAGUGGCGGACGGUCACAGCUCUCGCUUGCUCCCAGCGGCUCCAUGGUGGACAUGCACGUUGGCUUGGAAGAUCAUGCCGAGCACCGUAUCAACCAGGCAGGAUUCAUGCCCGGGACGCCCCUUGGACCGCAGAGUCCAGGCGUGCUCAACCGCGCAUACUACGGUUAUCCCGGCGAUGGAGAGCAGCCCCGAAGCGCGAUGACGGCGUUUGGGCAGGAGCAUGCUGAUCAGGAAGUGUCGCAUCAGGCCGAUGCUACGAUCAAUUCGACCUACCAGGAUCCCAAUGAGGCAGACGAGUCUCGCGAUCAAGUGCCGAACGAAGCAAUGUCCCGUGAUGGGCCUUCCAAGAGGAAAAGCAAGAAGGGCGGUCUUCGCGGGUUCUUCUCCAAAAUUGCGGGUACAGACAAGAAUCGGUCGUCCAGUAAUGGACUUGAGACGAGCUCUGAUCGGUCCGGCAGCCCAAGGGCUCAGCGCGUGUCCCUCGGUGCUGAUGCGGCCAUUGACCAGACACCGUCGACAUCGCGCCUCUCGAAUCGAGGUAGGCGCUCGACCUCUUCUUUGGUGCCGUCAGGCCGUCCGUCUGGCGGCGACAAGAAUUUGUCGGCCGCUUCGGCUAUGUACCAGAAUCCGCCGGGCAUGGCCAGUCAGACUAGCUUCGAUAUGGGCAUUGGUCCGAUGACGGCGGACACGGGGCCUUUUGGAAGCGGACCUUUACCACCACCCCGUCUCGAGUCGCGGACCGGAAAGCCAGUCCCAGCUUCACAUGUGGAGGCGUCUGCAGCGUCAGCGAAGACUGAUCCCAAAUCGCUGCGGAGUGCCUCUUCCACUUCGUACCUCAACAAUGCUGGACGCGAUACGCGUAGGGACACUCGAGGAUCUUUGAAUGCGCCCCGCGUCCCACUAUCGCCUGCUACUGCUUCCAUCGCGAGUCAAGCGUGAGUCUCGUCGUGGAUGUGACCCUGUCAGUCCCAUUGUGCCGCACAUGUGUGCUGACAUUUGCCUUUCCCAAUCGUACGUAGAGCACCGCCAAAGCGUACAUCUUCUCGUGGAGGAGCUUCUCAACGAGGGGAAAUGGACGAUGUUCCUGGGGUUGAUACUGCAGAGGCAGCCAGCGUGGCCUCUUCUAGGACCAGCCGUAAGGAUGUUCCCGCUCUACCAGCACCGAAAUCGCGUCAGGGCAUCAAUCAGCCUGGCUUGUCUGAUGAUCGCUAUCCGUCCGGCUUUUCGACGUAUGCCAACAACGAAGGUGCUUCGGCUGGGGUGUUUUCGAGCUCCACCUCGGCCUCUCAAACAGACCCUCCGAGCCGUUCGAGCAUGCAAACUGGUCGAGGCUCCGGCGCUGCGACACCGCUGGGUCAGCCAAGCAGGCCUCCACGCAAUCCUAGACGCGAAUCUCCGAAGAAGGAAAACGCGCCGCUGCCUUCCUUCAACGUGAUUCAGAGCGGAUCGAGACACCCGCAACAAAUCCUUGAGCAUCCCUUGGCCAACUCGCUCAAGCAGGUUCCACCUCUCCCCUCGGAGCGCCGCUUUCACACUGGGCCUCGAGCUCCGGGCUUCGAGCCGAUGCCGCCCUUGCCCGACUUCAAUCCCGUGGGUGAUUAUGACGCGAAACCAAGUCGUCAACAUCAUGCGCUAGAUCUUGCAGAGCCGAUGGUCAAGCCUGGCAAAGAGAAGCGCAAGAGUCGUUUCUUCAAAUUUUCAUUCGGAGGCAAGAACAAAAGGGAAUCGUCACAGAUUCCUCCUUCGCCUAGUGCCCCGAUCGCGGAUGGCAGGCAAAGUCGCGCUGGCGGCCUUGGCGUUCCAUCCUCUACGAGCGGCGGCGGUCUCGGCAGCCGCCUCAAUGCAUCCUGGGUGGCUCCCUCUCUGCGUAGCAGAAGCUCGCGCGCAACCUUCGACGAGAUGUCUGCUCUGCCGCCUCCAAAGCCCGGAUUCGCCGAGCGCUUGCGCGCAGUCAGCACACCGGCCGAUGAUCGCAGGGACUUGCCCCCUCGCGCACAGUCGUCGAUGGCCAAAUUGCCAUCACAAGGUUUUGCAUUCCCUGGCUUCAGAAGUCGCAGUCGUGCAGCUAUGGUCGACGAGGAUUCAGACGAGUAA